AUGCCUACUCCGAGUGACAGCACGCCUCGCCUGAAUGCCGCUUCGGUCAUCGAGGACCUCUCCGCUCGCGCGACCUGUCCUCCUGAGCCAGAAAGAUUGACAUCCUGGCGAGAGGAGCUGGAUUCUCCUGCCCUGAUCGAGAGGGACUCGACACCCGAUAAUGUUCCUUCCCCAGAUGUCGCCUCGCCUCAACCCGUGCCCAUGCGUUCAGACAAUGCGACCAGUCGUGGUGACUCGGAACCGUUGAAGGUGGAGAUGGAAACUAGUGCGUCUCCGAGCAGUAUGUCCAGAUCGGACGAGGAACCCUCCAUGGGAAGGGUGAGUCCAACUCGACGCUCUGCAAACUCUGCCGCAACGGUCCCUCCGUCGUCUUCGACCCUUCUAAGCUACGAAUUUUCGAAUAUAAGACUUCUUCCUAAUUAUACUUCAUCAUUUCUGCGACCGGGAAGUAAAUUCACAGGCACGCAACAAUCUGAUCGACAAGUUUACAAUGUCGACGUGGAAAUCAAACACGUGGACAUGACUGAAUCCUAUCUAUGCGGCUAUCUCCGCAUUCAAGGCCUCGCCGAGGAGCAUCCUACCUUGACAACCUUUUUUGAAGGAGAGAUCAUUGGAACCAAGCAUACUUUCAAGACUAGAAAUGAGUCAUGGGGUGCUUCAGAGAAGACCGACAUGCAUCACUGGGCACGGUUCCCCGCUUGGCGACCGUUAGCCAAACAAGCAAAGAGACCUGAUUUUACAUAUUGGGAUUUCGCCGAACGCGACCAUAUCUUUAUGCGCUGGAAGGAACAUUUCCUCGUUCCUGACCAUCGCGUCCGGAUGAUAACCGGUGCUAGCUUCGAAGGCUUCUAUUACAUCUGCUUCAACCAAGUCGAAGGCACUGUGUCCGGCAUCUACUUUCACGCAAAGAGUGAAAAAUACCAGCAGUUAGACCUCAAGCAUGUUGAAAAUCACGGGCGCACCCCCGCCAUUGAAUUCCGCUAA